AUGCAACCUAGGUGUGUAUUUGGGACUUUGCCCCAAUUGGAUAACCCUGAACAUGAUCAUGUCAUGGAGCUGACAUCUCCUAUGCAAGGCAUGGAACAGGGACAUCAGGAAGGAGUAGGAAUCACCCCUUCUAAACAGGCUGACCAACUGGAUAUGGAAUCAUUUCAACUUGCCACAGCUAGGAUCCUAGACCCUAGGCAUGAGAAUCCAGGGAAUAACACACCCUUGGAGGACCCUGCCACCAGGGAAAAGGAAACCCCUUUGGUAGAUGAGGCAACCAGGAAUAAGACAGUGAAGGAUUUUAUUGAAGACUUUUUUGCCAAAUUCCCUGAGGAAACUCAACCACCAAAAACUGAGGCAAACAGGAAACGGAUUACUAAUGACCACCUUACAAGUACCCAAAAGGUCUAUGGAUUCUUAAUGGAACUAGUAAUGGGAGUCAAAAGGUUGGAGAAACAUAUUGACAACCAUCUAAAGAUGGAACAGGAAAUGCUGGAUUGA